AUGUUUUCCGCAGAGAUAGGUGUAUUAGAUGGAUGGAAGAUUGUGUAUAAGGCGGUGGAGAUAGGAGAUUUUAGAGGGUUUAAGAUUGAUGAAGAAGAAGAAGUUAAUAUCUUGAAAUUCGCGGACGAUACUAUCAUUAUGGCGGAUGGUUGUAGUGAUAAUUUAUGGAACAUGAAAGCUAUUCCAAGGGGUUUCAAAAUGAUGCCACGGUUGAAGAUUAACUUUCACAAAAUUAAGUUGUAUGGCAUUCAAGUGGGAGAUUGGUUUUUGGAAGCUGCAUUGACUUUUCUGUCUUUCGAUACCGAUAGAUUACCUUUCAAAAUCCUUGGUGUAAAAAUUUUCGAUAGUCCUAGAAAAGUAUCUAUGUGGAAUGACUUGAUCAAACAUUUGAAGAGUAGGUUGGCUGUUUGGAAAGGAAUGAACCUUACUAUUGUGGGUCGCGUGGUGUUGAUAAACUCGGUGUUGAACGCAAUCCACGGUGUUGGGAAGGAUCUGUGUGGUCGUGGAAGUUUACCUCUUGUCAUCAUUGAGUAG